UAUCCGGAUCUUGCACGUGGGCGUGGGUCCAUUUCAAGGAAGAGGGCUUUUGAGGGGUUCCUUGAGAUCGGUUUGUGCAUUCGCACAUGAUUUCUACUUUCUAACCCUAACGAAGACGCAGCUCCAACUCCGAGCAGGCAAAAACCAGAGCGAGACAGAGAGACCUUUUGCGAGAGAAGCCCCCCAAAAACAUGGCAGCAACCGGUGGUUCCAGCGCAUCGGCGACCCGGUACGACGUGUUCUUGAGUUUCAGAGGGCCCGACACUCGCAACACCUUCACCGACUGCCUCUACUGGACCAUGGUUGGCCAGGGGAUCGUCGCCUACAGAGACAACGAAGAGCUUCACGCUGGUGAUCGGAUCGACGAUCUCCUGAGAGCGGUCGGCAACUCCAAGAUCUGCAUACCGAUCCUCUCCAGAGGCUAUGCUUCGAGCGCUUGGUGCCUUCGCGAGCUCGCUCGAGUGACGGAGCUCCAUAGAUCGACUGGGAAGCCGGAGAUCCUACCCGUCUUCUUUGAUGUCACGCCCACCGACGUGAAGCUCAGGACGAAACUGUACCUGAAGGACUUGAAGAAGCAUGAGCAGAGGCACGGUGCCGAGAUGAGGCAACGGUGGGAGGCGGCUCUGGGAAAAGUGGCUGAGAUCAAGGGAUGGGAAGUCCAAGGGAAAGCACAAGGUGAAGUCAUUGAACUCGUUGUGAAAGAGGUUUUGCGUAAGCUGAAAGUAAAACAAAGACCUCUGGACAACAAAUUGGUUGGGGUAGACAAACAAGUAGAAGCCAUAAUGGAUUUGUUAGAUGUUGACUCUGGCACGGUGUGCAUUUCGUUGGAAUCCAUGGAAUGGGCGGGAUCGGUAAAACUACUCUCGCUAAGAUUGUUUUCAAUGAAUUAUGUCUUCAGUUUGAUGGCCAAUGCAGCUUCAUUGGGAACAUCCGAGAAUCAUCAAAAGGAAAUGGCCUAGUAAAUUUGCAAAAACAGUUGGCAUCCGACAUCUCUGAUUCUAGAUUUGUAGAAAAUUUUAGUAAUGCUGAUGAAGGGAUAGAUAGCAUAACAAGGAGAGCUGGUUCUAAGAAAGUUCUCAUUGUUCUAGACGAUCUAGACAAGAGAGAACAACUUAAGAAACUAGCUGGGAACCCUAACAAUUUCUGUUUUGGGAGUAGGAUUAUCAUUACAACAAGAGACAAACGAAUUUUGGAUGAAGAGAAGGGAAUAUUAGCUUAUGAAGUGAAGGAAAUGGAUUGUGAUAAAGCUCUAGAACUUUUCAGUUUGCAUGCAUUUAAUGGGGUCUCUCCUCCCAAUGCUUAUCGAAGUCUCUCUCGAGAAGUUGUAUCUAUGACCGGGGGACUCCCAUUGGCUCUUGAAGUCAUAGGUUCCUAUCUUCAUGACCAAAAAGAGGAAAUAUGGAAAGAAAUGCUAGAAAUGUUGAAGAAUGUACCGCAUGACGAAGUUCGGGAUAAGUUGAAGAUAAGUUACGAUGCAUUAGGAGAUGUGGAAAAAGAAAUUUUUCUUGAUAUCGCAUGCUUCUUCAUAUUUCAAAAGAAAUUAUGGGCAGCCUAUUUCUGGGAUGCUUGCCAUCUUUACCCCCAUAAGUCAUUGAAAAAACUUACCGAUUUGUGUCUAAUUAAAAUUGUUGAUGGUGAUACUAUAUGGAUGCAUGAUCAAUUGAGAGACCUGGGAAGAGACAUUGUUCAAAAAGAAUGUACCCUUAGUAGGUUGUGGAAUGACAAAGAAGCUCUGGAAGUAAUGAGAUCGAAAGAGAGAAAGGACAAAGUUAAAGCACUCAAUUUAGGUCGAUAUAAUUCGGAUCCCAUCAGCAUUGUGGACAAAGAACUUGAGAGGAUGCCAAAUCUAAAACUUCUCAAGUUAUUUAGAGGGACUUUUGCCGGAGACAUCAAGAAUAACCUCCGAGAGCUAAGAUGGCUUUCUUGGCAAUAUCCUCCUUUAGAUCCGGGAAUGGCCAAUUUACACUUGAAAAAUCUAGCACUUUUCGAACUUUCAAACAAUGAAAACACUGACAACUGGGGUGGAUGGAACAUUUUGAAGAUGGAAAACAAAUUGAAAGUUCUUUCUCUCAUCAGUUGUGAUGGAUUGAAACAAACUUUAGACUUUUCUGGAUGCGUGAGUUUGAAGAUACUAUCUCUUGCUUACUGUCAAUCCUUACAAGAAGUUGAUUCCUCUAUUGGGAAACUAAAAGAUCUUACUCACUUGCACAUUGAAUGGUGCACGAAUCUUCGAUAUUUGCCUAAAGAGAUUGGAGGACUAGUGAAUUUGAAGCACUUUUCUAUCUGCUAUUGCCCCAAAAUCAAGAAACUUCCAGACAUCGGGAAAUUAGCAUCAUUGUCACAGUUGGAUAUAUCACAAACAAUAAUUAAAAGUUCACCCGAUUCUAUUGGUAAUGCAAAGAACCUAUCAUCCCUUGAUCUAUCAGGCACGUCAAUUGUGAAACUUCCAAUUUCUAUUGGAGAGCUUAUGCAACUUGAAUUCCUUUCACUCUCUAAGUGUCAUAAUUUUGUGGAGCUUCCAGAAUCAAUAGGUUAUUUGACAAAAUUACAGAUGUUGGAUCUCUCAUGGACAAAAAUUACCAAGUUACCUAAUUCGAUAAAGAAUCUCAAGCAGUUGAAGGUGAUGAGGAUGGAAUCCUGUCCAAUACAGAGGUUGCCAGCUAGUAUUGGAAUGCUAGCGGGCAUGAAGGAGCUCAAUGUCCGAUAUUGUGAACAACUUGCGGGCGAACUCCCAACUACAAUUGGCAAACUAUUGUCUCUAAGUAUCCUAGACAUAUCACAAACUAGUGUUUGUGCAGUCCCAGCGACAAUUAAUUCCCUCAUGCAACUCCAAGAGUUGGAUCUAUCAUAUUGUAAGGAGCUUCGAGAGCUGCCAAAACUUCCCUCGAGUUUGAAUUGCCUACGUGUUAUAUCGGCAUCAUUGCGGUUAGUUCCAGAUCUUAGUAACCUCACGAAUCUAGUGACUUUGGAGCUGUCCAACAACUAUGGACAAGCACUUGCCCAGGCAUCAACUCUUCAAUUGCAAUGGGUUGGGAAGUUAUCUAAGCUGGAGCGAUUGAAAUUGUGCCUUUCAGAUAUUCCUGUGCCAUCAAUGGAGUUGGGUUGUCUACCUCGACUUAAAAACCUCACCUUACCUCACAUGGAUAGUUUCGACUCGGUAGUCAUUGGACCACAAUUUUCGCACUUGAAAAAUUUGUCCACAUUGCAUCUUUGUCGCUGUCCAUUGAGGGAAAUUCAACUCGAUGGGCUUGAACUAGUGGAAGAUUUGAUUGUGACAUAUUGCGAGUUUCUCGAGAGAUUGUCAGUUAUUUCAUCGAACUUGAGAAAGCUCUUUGGAAUGGCAGUUGAAAAUUGCCCAAAGCUACUUCAAAUUCGAUUUCUCAGUACGAUGGAACCAUUAGUGGGUCUCGAAGUUGGUUACUUGGUGGGUCUCCGAGUUGGUUACUGCGUAUCCCUAGGAGGAUUGUAUGGUUUAUCAAACUUGAAGAAGCUCGAGACUUUAAGAUUCAUCAUGUGCCCUGAGCUACGGGUUAUUGAGGGCCUUGAAGAAUUGGAGCUUUUGCGGCACUUGUAUAUCACCGUGUGUCCAUCGUUGAAAAAGUUGACUAAUCUAUCCAACUCAAAGAUACCAAAUGAAUGUUUGGUAUAUGUAACCAACUUCGACGAGUUGCCAUAUUGCGCUGGUGGCCGUUACGGGGAUUAUAGAGAGGAGAUUCUUGACUGGACGAGGAGGGGACUAAACCAGGAGGGUGCGGCGCGGUUCUUCAAAUGUGGCCGACUGCUCAUCGUACAGAUGUUAAAAAAAUUGGAAGUUCCUUAUAACACAAUACAUUAUUAUGGAGCCGUGCAAUUGAAAUGGAUUGGAUACCCAAGUUUGGAGACAUUGUAUUUUCACUACUGUCUAAACUUGCGAAAAUUUGACUCCUCUAUUGGGAAGAUGAAAGUUCUUACUCACUUGGACAUUAUUUGGUGUACGAAUAUUCGAACUUUGCCCGAAGAGAUUGGAGGACUAGUGAAUUUGAUGCACUUCUCUAUCAAAAAGUGCUCUCGAAUGGAGAAACUUCCACACUCUAUAGGGAAAUUAGGAUCAUUGUCUAAGUUGAAUAUAUCAUCCUCAAGAAUUACAAGUUUACCUGAUUCAAUUGGCAAUGCAAAACAUUUGUCAUUCCUAAAUCUAUCAAGCACGCCAAUUAUGGAACUUCCAAUUUCUAUUGGAGAGCUUACACAACUCGAGUUACUUUCACUCAAAUAUUGUCGAAAUUUGGGGGAGCUUCCAGAAUCAAUAGGCAACUUGACAUCAUUACAAAAGUUGAAUCUCUUGGGGACAAACAUUGUUGAGUUACCUGAUUCGAUAAAAAAUCUCAAGCAAUUGAAGGUGAUGACGAUGGGAUUUUGUCCAAUAAGGAGGUUACCUGCCAGUAUUGAAAUGCUAGAGAAGUUGGAGGAGCUCCAUGCCGAACAUUGUGAACAACUUGCAGGCAAACUUCCGAUUGAAAUUGGCAAAUUAUUGUCUCUGACUAUCAUAGACAUUUCAUAUACCCAAAUUAGUGUAGUGCCAAUGGCAAUCAAUUACCUCACACAACUCCAAAAGCUGGAUUUAACACAUUGUAAUGAGCUUCAAGAGUUGCCAAAGCUUCCCUCGAGUUUGCAUUGUCUACGUGUUCACUCAGCAUCAUUGCGGUUAGUUCCGGAUCUUAGUAACCUCACGAAUCUAGUGGAAAUGCUUUUGUCUAAUGGUUUUGGACAAGCACCUGUCCAACCAUCAAACCCAAUGCAAACUUUCCAAUUGCAAUGGGUUGGAAAGUUAUCUAAGCUGGAGAAGUUGAAUUGGGGCCUUUCAAAUUUUCCCAUUUCGUCAACAGAGUUGGGUUGCCUACCUCGACUUAGAGAACUCAGUUUAUCUAGCAUGGACAAUUUUGACUCGAUAGUUGUUGGACCACAAUUUUCCAACUUGAAAAAUUUGUCCAUAUUGUGUCUUCAUAGCUCUCCACUGAGGGAAAUUCAAUUGGAUGGGCUUGAACUAUUGAGAAAUUUAGGUGUGAGAGAAUGCGAGUUUCUCGAGCGAUUGUCAGUUAUUUCAUCAAGCUUGAGGAAGGUCUAUAAAAUGGAAGUUUUAGAUUGCCCAAAGCUACUUGAAAUUCAAUUUCCCAAUACAAUGGAAUCAUUAGAGGAACUUCGAGUUGGCUACUGCGAUUCCCUGGAAGGGUUGCACGGUUUAUCAAACUCGAAGAAGCUGAAGGCUUUGCGGAUCUACCAAUGCAAUGGGCUACGGGUUGUUGAGGGCCUUGAGGAAUUGGAGCUUUUAGGUUUUUUGUAUCUUUCUAGGUGUGGAUUGUUGGAAAGGUUGACUGAUGUAUCCGACUCAAAGAUACCAAAUGAAUGCAAGAUAGAAGUAUUGGGUUGCAUGAAACUAAGUAGUUAUGAGGGUACUUACCGGGAUUAUAAAGAGAUGAUUCUUGUCAGGAUGAGAAUGACAUUCAACGAGGAGGAUGAAAUGGAGGAGAACGACCGCAUUGAUUGUUCCACGGGCAUAUUAGAAUGUAUCUGCAAUCCCUUAUCAUUUUUUCAAGGGAGGAGUCUUCGGAGGCAGACAGGAUAAGUAAAUUGUCUUGCAGGAUAAUGCAGACGUGGAGUCAGGAAAAAUUGAAUUGAUCUCUAUGCAUUUUGGUUAGGGGUACAAAAACUAAAUCGAUGGCUCCAAGAGAAUGCUUUCACUCUUUUUGAUGAACUCAAGUGCACAGAGGUCGAGGGACCAGUUUCCUGGAAACAGGAAUGCAGUUUGCAUGUGGAUUUACUCUGCUUCGAGGAUUUGCUAACUGUCCAUUCGUUGAGAGGAAGAUGCAGGGGAAACAGAUGCAGAAGAAUCAGUGAUGGAGACCAAUAACUACUAUUCUCAGAACUUGCCAUUGACUAUAGGUUUUCUAUGGUCUCCAGGACCCGACACUGAGCUCAAUUCUACAAGCUUGAAUAAUUCGCAAGUUCCUCCACGAACCACAUCUUCAGAUGUUUCCAAAAGUUCAUGCUCAAUUCUCUAAGCAAAAUGUGACUGAUUCUAGCAAUGGAGAGAUGGAUGAAUUCACAAUGUGAUCGAGUUUGGGAAUCUGUGAAAUUGCCAGAAGUAAUGGAGUUUGCUCUGAGGACAUGUUCCCCCUCUCCCAGGUCCAUCACAAGAGAAACUUUAUGUGGAUUUGUCCGAGGUAAUUAAUUCCAUUUUGUGAAAACCCAUUUGUGUGCCACAUCGAUUUCCGAUACAUAUGAUACUUUUCUCAAAGGUGCGCAAUAUCGGACCAGGUCAAGCUUUAGGUAUUCGAUGUGGAGGAGACCUCUAGUCCUAUGUGCUACCGAUCGAGUUCCUGGGAAAUGGAUUUUUGGGCUUCACUGGAUAAAGCAGGCUGCCCAGGGAGUAGUUUUCGAGUUGAUUACGCUGAAGCUACUGUAGAAUGGCUUCCAUAUGCAAUAUUUGGAGAGCUAGGAAUGACUUGCUGCAUAAUCAAGUUGCUCCUCCUGUUGACGUUGGGAUGAAUCCCUUUGUGUUUACAGCAAGAUAUAGCAUCGAAGGGUGCCUAAGCUGCUGCAGAAAAAGGUUAUUCUGAUUUGGCAUUUGCCUGAAGUGUAUUGGUAUGCUAGGCCUUUAAUAACUAGUCUUGUGACUGUUUUGGAUAUUUGGGCAGUCAGUGUUCACGUUCUAGUUGGAGCUAAGGAUGUUGCUUGAGUAGUGUGCUAAUGAUAUUGUUAGGUUGAUAAAUUGUAUUGGGUGGACAAUUUGAUGGAGAUCUUUGAUUAAUCAACUUUGAGGAUGGCAGGUCUCAAGUUUUUUUUUUUUUGUUUGUUCCUUCGGUAGUUCUCAAGUUUGAAAAGCUGGAAUUCAAUGUAUUAAGGUUUCA